CUGCCGACUUUUCUUGAGCAUGCUAGCGCGCUUCCUCCGGGCGACGACCAAGGCGACGGCCAAGCCGACGCGAGCCUUUGGCAAUUACUCGGUGCGCGUCGUACAGCCACGCGACGUGACCUUCUACCAGGCCCAAGUCGAUGCGCCGCUCCAUGCUCGCCUCGUCCUCACGACCGCGUGGAGCCUCAUUGGCCUCGGCUCGGUCGCCGCCGCGUACCAAUUCCUCACGAACCUGCACACGGUGCCCAUCUCGGGGCGGACGCAAGUCGUCGUCUUCUCCAACGACGAAAUCAUCGCCAUGGGCACAGAGCACGCCGAAGAAGCGAUCAAGGGCGUCACCAUCAUCCAAGACGGCCCGCGCUACCGCAUGGUCAAGGACGUUGCCGUGCGGCUCGUUGUCGUCGCCGAAAAGAUCUUCCAGACCAACUACGACUGGAAGGUGUUUCUGAUCGACGACCCGAACGUCAAUGCGUGCUGCUACUCGGGUGGCAUCAUCUUUGUCAACACGGGCCUCCUCAACGCCAUCGACAAGUUUGUCGAGGACGGUCACUGCAAGAACAAGUACAACGCGCUCGCCACCGUCGUGGGCCACGAGAUUGGCCAUGCCGUCGCCAAGCACACCCCCGAGAUGCUGAGCUUCCUCCCGCUCCUCAUUCUGGUCGCCCUCUUUGGCCUUGACAACAAGUUCGUCCCGACGCUCUUCGAGUACGCACUCCAGCUGCCGUUCAGCCGCAUGCACGAGAGCGAGGCCGACCACAUUGGGCUCAUGCUCAUGGCCGCCGCCUGCUACGACCCGACCGAGGCGGCAUCUGUCUGGCGCGGCAUGAAGGCGCUCAAGGGCGAGAACGGUGAUGUGCCCGAGUUCAUGUCGACGCACCCGGCGGACGAGCGCCGGGAGCAGAACCUGCGCGACUGGGUCGACCAGGCGGUCGCGUACCAAAAGACAGCGAGCUGGUGCUCCGACAUGCAAGACCGCGUGUCCGAAAUCAUCUUUCAACGCGUGCGCCAGCGCCAGGCGACGGUCAACACGACGCAUGCGGCCGAGAUGAAGGCCAUCUUGGACAAGAUGCAAACCGAGCCGCAGCAGUAACAUUACCAUACGCGCUUGCAUCUCCU